AUGUAUUUCCAUACCGCGUUUCUCCUCACCGCUGCCCUCGCCGGCGGCGCAAUGGCCGACCUCUUGGUCUGGUCCGUGGUUGCAACGACAACCCUCACCUAUCUCACCCCUACUAUCACUCCCACGCUCACCAUGUCCCCAACUUGGAGCAAGAACUAUACCUCCAUGACAUACCCAGGUACUGGGAUGACCAGCAUUUAUACUCGUAUGAAUCAUACUAUGACUAUGUCCUACAAUACUACUAGGAGUAACAACACAUCCACCAAAACUCAGACGUCCAAUACAACGGUGACAAGGACAAUUUGUGACGAACAGAGCCGUUGCAGUGUUACCGUAUCUGUUGGUCCGACUAUGGUUAUAACCGGAACCGGUACGGGGGUGAUGCAACCUACCAUGACCCCGUUUACUAGUGGUAUCGGACGUGUUGUGGCUGGCAGCGGGUGGAUCGUGGUGAUCUUGUGUGGGCUUAUGCUGUUAAUGUAA